AUGGCGGAUAGUGGUGAAAGAUCCAACCGAAGACCACCCUUCUUUCACCGAAGGCGUCCCUCAGACCGUGAAUCAAAUCAGCCUGGUAUGGAACAUCAACAGACCAAUGCAAAUCCCCAGACACCGGGAGGUUCUAGAAGACACUCAAGUGGCCAGUAUAAUCGCAAUCAGCAGCAAUACGGAAAUAAAGGGCAAAGGCAUCAUAGCUUCUCCCACCAUAAUCCUAAUCCUAUACCUUCAACUUCUGGUGUCCCACCUUCGCCUUCUCAUCGACGAAACUCUCAGAAUGCAGGUUCAAGCUCGAGCUCAGAAUUUCGAUCUCGAGCUCGGUUUAAGAUGAACACCUGGAGCCCCAAUGGGCCGAAUGCAGGUUCCGCAAAUGACCUGUCACCUGCUGUGCUUGAAGAAUUUCUUUCCACUGGAAUUGACAAAAUACAAUUAUCGGAUGACUCUAGACAGGCUUUUAUAGGCCACCUUGCCUCUCAAAAUGGUCUUGAAAAGGUUCGUCAACUUUUAGAGGCCGAAUACUCGACUAAUUACAGCAUUACAAGACCAAAAUUCGGCACACACUGCGUUACGUUUUUGCGCAUUUUGUCGAAUAGUGCUGUACUGUCAUCACUUGCUCUCGAGCAGCAGGUUCGGACAAUCUACAAUGUUAUCUAUGGACCCAACGGCGAAAGAGCUGUUCCGUUUUUUGACAGGGUUUUAGAAUGUCUUGUAGCUCUCAAGCCAGACGAAGAACCUGGAAGCAUGGAACCGGAAGACUGGCAAGACGCGCUUGAGGCGACUACUUCUGUCUUCUUGAAUACUCUUCGAAUGAACCAAGGCGCCGCAAUCCAGGAAAAGUUGAAGUACAUUGGCCAGAGGUUGGCAGGAAUUGCACACUCAGAUGACCACAACGGGAAUGAUCAAUUGGUGGCUAUUUCACAAAACAUAUCAAAUAUUACAAGUAUCUUAUCAGCAGGGGCAGAGGUUCCACAGGAGAGGAUUUCGCAUGGCUUUAAAAAGGGGCCAAAGGAAGAGGAGGAGGAAGUUGUCGAUCUACCGGGGGAACUAUCUCUUCUCGGACCACGUCAUGACAACGACCAUGAACUGAUAUCCGAUAUCUCAAUUCUUCCGACGGUCACUGAGAUCCUUUCCAGCCGGCCGGAGUUUCUUCCAACAAAGCGUGCAUACGAAGAAACUUCACGCCACCACCAAACAGGUAUUCAACGUCUUGUGGAUAUUCAAUUCCGAUUGCUCCGUGAAGAUACUUCUGGACAAGUUCGGAAUGCUACCAGGUUUAUUUUGAAGCACUGGGAACAAAUUAUGGCACCGGUUCACAGCUCAGGGGACUGGCAAGCGAAGCGAAAACUAGUUCGAGAUGGCUGCCCGACACCCUUACGACUAUAUUUUGGUGUUGAUAUCCAGAAGCUUCAAUUCGAGGGGAAGGGGGGCUUAGAAGCUGUUGUAGAGUUCGAACAGCCUCGGGCUCUGAGAAGAUGGACUUUUGCAAAACGACAAUGGUGGUGGCGCAAAGCCAUGGAACUCAGGGAGAAUAAGUCUAUAGUAGCUCUGAUCGAAAAGACUGCAGAGGAUACAAAUGUUGUUUUCUUAGUUGUGGCCCACAGAAAUGUCUCCAACCACGAACAGGUCAACCCGGAGCAAACCCAUGAGGCCCGUCCUAUCAACGAUCUUUGUACUGACCCUGAUCGAGCAGCUAUCGGACUUCGAAUGAUAGCGCUCGGGAAUGAGCUGGAGCAAGCAAGGCUCAUUCAUUUGGCUACAAAGUAUAGAGCCUGCGAUGGACAACAAGCGCUCUUGAUGGUGGAGUUCCCUGCAGUGCUCUAUAGACAGUUCGAGGGUAUCCUGCGCUGCUUAAAGAUGAUUCAUAGCAAUCCUACAAAACUUCCUUUCAACAAGUGGCUUGCACCAAGACUUGAAGGAUUAGAAGAGCGGCUGUCUGACCAUACAAUCCAACCAGACGGUUCUUUAAUACCGCCGCCAGCAUACUUGUGCGGACAGUCGCUAGACUUAUCGGCAUGCUGCGAUCCACCUCCUGGAUCAACGACCGCGGCUCCGAAUACUCUUACGUUUACUCUUGGUGACGACCCAGACACAGUGGUCAAAAGUCUGGCACAGAAAAGUAGUCUCGAUCACGGACAAGCCAAAGCAAUGAUAUCAGCAUUUAGGCAUGAAGUCGCGCUUACUCAGGGGCCUCCAGGGUGCGGAAAAUCAUAUGUUGGAGUUAAAAUGGUAGCAGCACUACUAGCAAAUAAGGCCCGAUUGAGUCUUGGUCCGAUUCUAUGCAUCUGCUAUACAAAUCAUGCUCUCGAUCAAUUUCUCAAUGAGCUAUUGAAACUUGGUAUUACAAACAUUGCUCGGAUAGGCUCUCCAAGCCCACUUCCUCAUAUCGAAAGUCUAGCGUUCGAUAACUACAAAAAGAGCUGCCCCAAGGUUCAAAUCCGAGGUUUCGGACGUGAAAUAGGUGCCACCAAAGAAAAGAUGACCCGUUUACAAGAGCAGAUCAGCGACAUCUGCUCACAGCUAGAAGCUAACAGCAGCGCCAUGGUCAUGGGAUACCUUGAGAAGAAUCUACCGCAAAAACUCCAAGACAUCGUUAAUGGCGCUAAGUCUUAUGGAUUCGAUCCUACAUCUCAGGAUCGCACAGAAGUAUUAUCGUUCUGGAUAGGCGGGGCGGUCGGAACUCCUGAGGGGGAUGACGGGAGGUCACUAGAGGAGUUACUUGAUGUCCCAACAUGGUCUUUUACUCCAAGCGAACGCUAUAGGUUGUUUUCACAUUGCCACCAAUCCGUCGUCGAUGGGUUAGCACAACGACUGCAAGCAUUGCUCGAGCAAUUUGCACUCACUAAAAAAGCACGCACAAAUCUGUUUCUAGAGUCGGAUCGAAUUAAUCUAGGGAAAGUUGACAUCCUUGGGAUCACAACCGUCGGUCUUGUGAACAACUCUGAGCUUGUCCGUACUUUACCUGCCAAAGUCAUGGUUUGCGAAGAGGCCGGGGAGGUUUUAGAAUCCCACGUUUUGACCGCACUCCUCCCCUCGAUUCAACACGUUAUUCUUAUCGGUGAUCACCUUCAACUUCGACCUAAAAUCUCCACAAGCUCUCUUUCUAAAGAGUACGAUCGCCGGGGCGAACCACGGUAUAAUCUGGAUGAGUCGUUGUUCGAGCGCUUGGCAAAUGUGAAAUUUAACGUUAGGAAGCAGAAUGAAGACGAGGAGGAGGUUGUUGAAAAGGUUGGAUUUCCAAUCGGACAGCUAGAUAUUCAACGCCGUAUGCACCCUAGCAUUGCGAAUCUAGUCCGAACUACACUAUACCCCGAGUUGCAGGACCAUGAGGUUACCACGAGAUACCCGGAUGUUGCUGGACUAAAACGGAGGCUCUUUUGGCUUGACCAUCGUAAUUUUGAGGACCCAAGUGAUCCCGGGGAAACGAUGCAGAGCAAAACCAAUACCUGGGAAGCCAGAAUGGUUGUUUCACUAGUCACUUAUCUGGCUCGACAGGGAGUAUAUAAAACUGGGGAAAUUGCUGUGUUGACCCCGUACAUCAACCAAAUGAGAAUGUUAAUGGAAAUGCUAGAGGAUAUCGUCGACUAUGAUAUCAGCGAUAGAGACAUGGAAGAGCUAGACGUUCCAGACGCUGAUGAGGAAGACCUUCAGGGUGGAAAGAAGAGACCCCAGAUAAAGAAGAGCAAGGUGCUCGACAGGAUUCGGAUAGCAACUGUCGACAACUUCCAGGGAGAAGAAGCGACUGUAAUCAUCGUUUGUUUAGUCCGGAGCAAUGAACGAAACAACUGUGGUUUCUUGAAAACUACGAACCGAAUCAAUGUCCUGUUAAGCCGAGCAAAACACGGAAUGUAUAUUAUUGGGGACGCUGCAACAUCGGCCCAUGUCCCAAUGUGGCACGAAGUGAUAACUUUGCUUGAAAACAGCGGCAAUAUCGGCCCUAAGCUUCAACUACAGUGUCCACGUCACCCCUCAAAGAAGACAUUUGUCGGUUGUCCUGAAGACUUCGAAGUGGAGUGUCCCGAGGGUGGAUGCUCCGAGUUUCAAUUCAUUGCUUCAGAACUAACGAUCCAAGUAUUGUCUGCACCGAAAAAUGCGGGUAUUUACUCCCGUGUGGUCACCCUUGUCGGCGAAGAUGCAGCGAGUGUAAGAGUUCAGGGACGCAUGCCGAAUGCACAACGACUUGUGGGAAGGACUAUCGACUUUGUGGUCACAAGUGCUCUAGAGCUUGCCACGAGGGAACUGCUUGUUCCCCAUGUAAACAGUCAUGCGAAAUUCAGUGCAGACAUGGCAAGUGCCCCAACAAAUGUGGCGAAGCUUGUUAUCCAUGUGCUGAGGAGUGUGGAUGGGAGUGUGAGCAUCAAAAACUGA